CAACCAUUUACUGCGGGAUGUAGAUGUAAAGCGCCCUCUAGAUUUCCUGAAAAAUAACAAAGUACUAGAAAACAUCUUGAAUACCCUGCUAUUGAAAGAUACAUUUGACAAGAAGAUGGAUCGCUUGGAAUGGAGCGACGGAUCGCUAAUUGGCGGAGAGACGCUAGUAGAGCAACAAACAGGAGUUUGUCUCUAUGACGGGCAUGAUAAGACAUCUUUUGAAUAUGGUGUGCUCUCGCUGACAACCCAUAGACUUCUGUGGAGGGACCACAGGAAUAGGAACUGUGUGGUUGUAUUGCCUCUGGCUCUAGUGGUGUAUCUGGAGGAGCAGGCAUCAGGCUUUGCUAAAAGUGCGAAGAUCAUUGUCCAUCUGAGCCAGACCCCGCCCAACAAGCCUUCAGGACCCACCUCCCACAGUCCCCACAGCUUCAUCAGGUUGUCCUUCAGGGAGGCUGGCCAGAAGGAGUUCUUCCGACGUUUCCAAGUUGAGUUAGAACAGAAGAGAUGGGAACAGAAGGUUCAACCAGCAGCAGCAGCCCUUCCAUCGCUGCCUCGUCAUCGUCCUGGCAUCGUUGGAAUAGAGAGAUCCAUACAGAAGAAACACCAUGAAACAAACAAGAACAUUUCAGUGGCAUUUGAGGAUCUCAGUAAACUCAUUGAGAAGGCAAAAGAGAUGGUGAACUUGUCAAGAACAAUAGCCACAAAGAUCAAGGACAAACAAGGGAACAUAACUGAAGAUGAAACGGUGAAGUUCAAGUCCUACCUGCUAAGCAUGGGCAUCCCCAACCCAGUGACGAGGGAAACACAUGGGACGGGGGACAAGUACUACGUGGAGCUGGCUAAACAACUAGUCUCGGUACUGGAGAAACCCGUGGAGGAGGCUGGCGGAAUGAUGACCCUGACUGAUGUGUACUGUCGCGUGAACAGAGCCCGAGGAAUGGAGCUGCUGUCUCCGGAGGACCUACUGCAUGCAUGUGAACUGAUGGAGCUGCUGAAGCUGCCUAUCAGGCUGCGGACGUUUGACAGUGGAGUCAUGGUGUUGCAGUCCAAAAGUCAGAAUGAAGAGGAGGUUAUCACAAAGACAAGUUCUUUGGUUGAAGAGAAGGGGUUCCUGACGGCAGAGGAUCUAGCCAAGGUGGUGGGAGUCUCCGUAAUAUUAGCUAAAGAAAGAUUAUUACUUACAGAGAAGGUUGGAGGAAUAUGUCGAGACGAAACUGUAGAAGGACUUAAGUUUUUUCCUAAUUUAUUCCUCACACAGCCUGUGUGACAGUAUGCAAGGUCCUGGUGAUGUAAAUAUUCUUUAUGGUGUUAGUAUUUGUAAAGUAUUUGAUAUGAUGUUGUGACUUCAAAUACAUGACUAAGGUGGUCAAGUUGCUUCAACUGAGUUAAUACAGUAAACUACGUUUAUAGCGAACACGCUUAUAACCAAAUGACCGAUAUAGCGAACUUAUAUUUUAGUCCCAGCCAUUUGUUGUAUAUAUGCUGUAUAUAUGCUUAUAAUGAACUACUGUUAUUGCGAACUAAAAUUAGUGGUCCCUUUUA